UUUUCUUCCCCUUAUCAUUUCCCAUUUCCCAUAUAUAAUAUGCAAUUCUUUCAAAAUUAAAAGCCUAUUUCCAAAGACAAAAACUGAAGGAAUGAGUGGUGGCGCCGGCAGAUCGAUGGUGGUGACGGAACUAGAUAGAAAGUCGAGAAAGUGGAGUGAAAUAAUAGACGAAAUAGUGAGAAUAGAGAAGAAGGUAUUCCCAGAACACGAAUCGCUUUCUCGAUCUCUUGAUGAUGAAUUAAAGAAAAACAACAGCGGUUUGUUAUACGUAGAAAUUGAAGCUGAAAUUGUCGGCUAUCUUAUGUAUUCAUCUCCCUCUUCACUUUCUACUCUCAUCACUGAACUCGCUGUGAAGGAGAAGUUUAGGAGACAAGGGCAUGGAGAGGCAUUGUUGAAAGCAGCCAUAGAAAAAAUCAGAAGUAAACGCACAAGACGCAUAUCACUGCAUGUGGAUCCUUUAAAAAUUUCAGCAAUGCAUCUAUACAAGAAACUUGGUUUUCAAAUCGACACUCUGGUAAAGAGUUAUUAUUCUUUAGAUCGUGAUGCAUAUAGAAUGUACAUCGACUUUGAUGAAGAGUAGCUAGAAUGAGCUGAAAAUAUUAAUAUUGUCAAGGCCUCAUUAAAGCUUUAUAGUUACAGAUUCUCCGCUUUCCCCAUGAGAUAUUACAAGGAUGUGUCCAGUUUCUAGGCCAGCUUUUGGCUGAUUGCAUAAAGUGGGUUUAUUCCAUGUGUGCCCCUUCUUUUAGGAUCGUAGUAUUAAGUGUUGGUGUAUUGGCAUUUGGUCCUCAGUUCCAUUGGGUUCAUAACAAACCUCACUCCUCCAAAGCUGGCAAACUUUCUACCUUCAAUGGAGAGGGUCAUAGCUCCUAGUCUCAAGAUUGAACAUUAGUACUUGAUUGUAUUAGCUGUGAUUAUGCAUUUAAAGUUUCUGUUCACUUAAUUGUGUAAACUAGUUAUUGAUUCGUUGACUGCUUUUGUGAUUAGCAACACGGUAUCUGCAAUGCCGUUUCUAAUGAUAAUCACAAUUAUAUCUGGGACAAUUUGUUAUUUCA